AUGUUUGUAGCGGCUUCUGUCGCACUGAAUACUGGUGUACUACCCGUUGGUCUGCUUUUGGAUCGCAUAGGACCUCGUGUGUCCAUCGAUGUGGCUCCUUCCAUCGAAGUCGUAGGCUGGUCACUGUUGGACCACUCCGACUCAGGGACGUUUCACAUGUUUGAACCAGCUUACAUCAUGUUUACGUUUGGAGGUCGCAUCACCAUGAUGUCGUCGUUCCCAGCGAGCAUUGUCACCAUGCGCUACCAGACCGCCAUACUUGCAGCUCUCAGCUGUCUAGUGAUGGUGGUAGCGCUAUGUUCCUUGUCGUGUCUGCAAUCAGAAAGGAGACGGAGUGUUGACAUUGGUGAAGAAAUCGAGCUGGGGACUUCGCAGCACGUAGCGCAGCAGCAGCUUCUUGUGAACAGACGUGUCCAUAUUGACGCGUAUGGAAGUGUCGAGGUAGAGCGAAUCGGACAAUUCACAGCGACAACAACUGGCCGCAAUGGCGACGACGCAGCAUUCAGGUUCGUGUUGCGUGCAACUGGUUACAUGGGCACGGCCAACAAGCCGCUGGAAAACUCGAGCGACCGACCACGACCAUGGAUACCUCUUCACAAAGCCGUUUCGCUUUGUGCUCCCAAUGAGGAUUCUCCUUGUGCCGUCGAUCGACUACGUCGUGGACACCCGCGGAUUGUCAUUGGCGCUGCGGUUUGCGAAUCUCUCGGGCGCGCUCUACAGCCUGCUGGAACAAGUACGAAGUCCAUGCGCGUCUCUUCUUUCUUCCCUGCUUCUCGUGUGUUCCUGUAUGCGAUGAUGUCAAUAAUUGCAGCCAAACUGUGUGGCCGAAGGGCUAUGGACCCGAAGCGCAUGCAUGGUCUUGACGUAAUCGUCGCGAAAGAUUAA